AUGGAUCAAAGCUCGCCGCUCUGUCAGCCCUCCUAUUUCAACCCUGAUCACGUCCCAGCAUACAGCUCGUUACCUUCGUCGACAGCUGCCCCGAGAACUUUCAUUCGCAACACUGAAUCUUCCGAGUCUGGACACACUACAGGUCUGACACCGAAAAGGCAAGGUCAGAAGCCUGCGCCCUUGAUGUGCCACGAGUGCAAGUACGCCGCGAAGAAUAGGUCGGACCUCAAGAAACAUAAUGCUCGCCAUGAGCGGCAGUAUAGGUGCCACUAUACCCAGUGCAUGCGCAAAGCGAAAGGGUUCGCGACCAAGAACGACCUCGACAGGCAUCUCAAGUCUGUGCAUCAUGAGAACAACCGCAACACCGAGUACUACAGGUGCUUUGCUGAAGGCUGCCCGAGAGCAGCCAGAAAUUGGCCUCGGUUGGAUAAUUUCAAGCAGCAUCUUCAAAAGGUGCACAAACACCAGGAUCAAGACCAUCUUCUGAAACUAUCCGAGCAAUGGUAUGAACAACAACAACAGCGUUUUGCUCAAGAGGAUGGUGCAGAGUCGAACAAUGUAGACACCCUACUCCCUUCCGGUCCGGUGACUCCCAUGAUGGCAGCACAAGAGGAAUAUCAAAACAACUGUCCAGCCCCCGAGCACCCUCCAGACACAUCCAUGACCACAGACAACCAAAUGGCACGAUCCUUGAGCUUUGAUCACCAGUUGCUGGAUCCUAGCCUUGUUUCCUCUACAUCGCCAGGCUUUUCUAUGCCUCAACGCGUCCAUCGCCGAAACGUUUCGAACCCUAACAGCGCCUCGAUGUUGCAACGACAGUUCCUGAAUCCUUCAGCCUACACGGACAAUCUCGCCUCCUCCGUGGCGACUAUGCAAAGGACACAAUCCCAACUGGAAUACUCGAACUAUUCGAAUGAUUUCCUGCUCACCGAUUCUUUUGACCCGAUGGGAAACUUUCAUUUCUCUACAGGCAAUCCAUGGCCAGGGUAUGGCCCCUUGACGACGAUGAAUCAUUCGUUCAAGUACGAUGCAGAAAAUGACCAGAUUCGUCGAGUGAAAGGGCCCCAUACUGUCGCCGCUCUCGAAUCCAACAGUUUGGCGGAGUUGACUACGCCUCAAGAACCCCCAUCAGCCAUGUCAAAUGAUCUGAGCGGCAGGCAAGAAGAACUUCUACUCAACAUUGGCGGGAGUACAGACAACACGGCAACUGGCGCGAGCUCUGAUACUUCACCCAACCAGACCUUCAAGGUCAACCUCAUCCCCCCGGAGAAUCAGACGCCAAUUGGCAAACUCCUUGAAGAUGAAAUCAACGCUUUUUUACUCGAACAUAGCUCAAAGUCAGAGAAGACCAGAGUCUCCAUGUCACAGGAAGACAUCAUCAACCUGGUCCGGUCGAGCUUGCGGUCCUUGUCCACCACCAACGCCAGUGGUGGUGGCUCCUCGGCGGGGCCUUCUACUGCUUCGCCCGCCUCGGCUGGCCCCGCCAGCAAGAAAUAUCCAGGCCACGAGAAGACCGCGUUUCGUUGCACAGUGGAGGGUUGCAGCAAGGUGUUACCACGCCAGAGUGAUCUAAGAAAGCACCUGAUCCGCCAUGAAAAGCCGUAUGGUUGCACCUCGGAUGGAUGCAACAAAACCUUUGGCAGUAAGAACGACUGGAAGAGACACGAGCAGACGCAGCACGAACAACUGGAGUGCUGGCUGUGUGUGGACUGUCAUGAAGUGUUCUACUACGAUCAAGACAACUAUAUCCAGCACAUGCGUGAAGCACACCCCGUGUGUCAUCCACAAGAUGGUCGUUACAAUGUGGGACAGUUCCAGAUCGCCGCCAACCACCAAGGACAUUAUUGGUGUGGCUUCUGCAAUCAAAUCAUGCGGCACAACAAACACGGCGUCGACGCGGUCAAUGCACGAUUCGAUCAUAUUGGCGAUCACUUCAACAAGGACAAAAAAGCCCCCAGAUCUUGGAUAGAACUGACCGGGCGGGGGAGACGGAAAGAGGAAUCUGUCCAGAAGCCUCGAGACCAGAGCCUUUCGCAGGUGGCACAAGCAGACAGUAUGCGAGGCGAGGCCGACAGCAUACUUUCGUCGUCCUCGUCCUCGUCCUCGUCACUGUCAUCCUCAUCGUUUUCCUUCGACGGCACGUCACUGGCCCAAGACCCGACUUCCUCGAUCCCGGUGAUUGCGAGGAUUCCGGAGCAACAGACUGAGGCUCAGGCAGAUAUGAGUUGCAACACAAACACCAAGACACGGGCUCCAGAGGUACGCACGCAACCACACCGCCGUCCUCAGCGACGGUUUCGCUGUGCGGACCUUAUCAUCUGUUGCUACUGCAAAGCCCCAUCUUCCCUCGAAUUGAGCUCUGCUUGUGAGGACCCGAGUUGUCUCCAUAAGUUUUGCUCGAGGUGUACCUUCAAAGCUGCCGCAGCGACGCUGAAAGAAUAA